AUGGAACCCAAGCUCUUGCUUUCUACAAGCAAAGCCUCAGUAUCUUCUUCUUUACCCUUCUUCCUAUCUUUCAAGACUUCAUUUCUUCGAAUACGCAAUGAUUCUGUCAAAACCCAUUUCUCUGGCUCAACGAUUCAACCAGAAAAGUCACCAUUUUUGGGCAGAAGCCUGGUCUUACAUGAGGAGAGAAGUGUUUUUUUCAGUAACCCCAGAAAAACCCAUGUUCCAUUUGGGCCAAUAAGAGCUGUAGUGAAGAGAAGGAAAGAGCUUCCUUUCGAUAACGUGAUACAAAAGGAUAAGAAGCUGAAAUUGGUUUUAAAGAUAAGGAAGAUUCUGGUGAAUCAACCUGAUAGAAUUAUGUCGCUUAGAGAUUUGGGUAGGUACAGAAGAGAGUUGGGACUCAAUAAGAAGCGACGGUUCAUUGCUCUUUUAAAGAAGUUUCCUGCGAUUUUUGAGAUUGUGGAAGAAGGGGUCUUUUCAUUGAAAUUCAAACUGACCCCAGCAGCUGAAAAGCUUUACUUUGAGGAGUUAAAGAUUAGAAAUGAGAUGGAAGAUUUGUUAGUUGUGAAGCUGAGGAAGCUUCUGAUGAUGUCCUUGGAGAAGAGAAUUUUGCUUGAAAAGAUUGCCCACCUGAAGAAUGAUUUUGGGCUUCCUACAGAAUUUCGUGACACCAUAUGUCAUCGUUAUCCGCAAUAUUUCAGAGUUGUGGCAACUGAGCGAGGCCCGGCAUUAGAAUUAACUCAUUGGGAUCCUGAGCUUGCUGUUUCAGCAGCUGAGCUUUCUGAAGAGGAAAAUCGGGAGAGGGAGAUAGCAGAGAAGGAUUUGAUUAUUGAUAGGCCUCUUAAAUUCAACAGAGUUAAGCUACCAAAGGGUCUUAAUCUAUCCAAGGGUGAGAUGAGAAAGAUAGCACUUUUUAGAGACAUUCCUUAUAUUUCACCUUACUCUGAUUUCUCAGAGUUGAGACCGGGUACAAGGGAGAAAGAAAAACAUGCCUGUGCUGUUGUUCAUGAGAUUCUGAGCCUCACUAUUGAGAAAAGAACCCUUGUUGAUCACCUCACUCAUUUUCGAGAGGAGUUUCGGUUUUCUCAGCAAGUGAGGGGAAUGUUGAUUAGGCACCCAGAUAUGUUUUAUGUGUCCUUGAAAGGGGAUAGAGAUUCGGUUUUUCUCAGGGAAGCAUAUCGCGAUUCUCAGUUAAUAGACAAGGAUCGUUUGUUAAUCAUCAAGGAAAAGCUCCGUUCUCUUGUUUCUGUUCCUCGAUUUCCAAGAAGGGGAGCUCCUCGGAGAGAUUCAGACGGGGCACAAGGGACUGAUGAUAAGCCAGAAGAUGGAACAGACGAGGAGGGAGAAGAAUGGGCUAAUGCUGACGAUUUCAGGAAUGAUUCUGGCUUUGAUGAUGAUGAUGACGACAACGAAGAUGAUGAUGAUUGGAGUGAUGAAGAUGAUGAAACACCACCGGAUUUUGAGGAAGAUGGUGAGUCUAUAAGUAUUGGUGUGAGAAACUCAAACAAACAGGAAUUGAAGUCAACAAAACAUGAUGAUGAGAAGAAGGACCUUACUCCUGUCUUGCCUGAUGGUCGGCCAAGAGAACGCUGGUAAAGUUGGCUAAGACAAUCUACUUCUUGUUCUUGACUCGUUUAGGGGCCUUGAUAAGAGAGUUGCUUGUUUUCUGUUUUGAACUUGGCAACCUCUAUACUCUGGAAAUUUCAUUCCUGGAAUCCUGUUACCAUUUCCCUGUAUGAGUUUAGGACCUUGUUCCUUACAUAUCUAGAUCAGGAAAGUGCAAUGUAAUAGAUCAAGGUAUCAUUGUAUCAACUACACAUGUAAUAUUCUUCUCAGAAUGUAAUAUUUCUAAAGAAUAGUGAGGAAGAGCAUUAAACUGGAA